CCGCUUGUGGCGCGGCUCGGCUCGGCUCGCACGGCACAGCGCGGCUCGGCCCGCCCGGGCUCACCCUCGCCAUUGUCUGUCUGCGCGGCGGUCACUGCUGCGAGUGGCGGGCGGCGCGGCGGUUGGCCGCGAUGCUGAAGGGCUUCGCGCCCCCUCAGAGGCAGCAGCAAGAACGGGCUCUAGCCCCGGGGAGCAGUCACUCCGCCUGCUGAAGACUGAAACUUUGCGUCCCUGCCGCUCCCUCUCCUCACCCUUCCCGUCGCCGACCCGGCUCGCCCUUCUCCAUGCGCUGAGCGGCCGCGGGGCGCCCGCUCGGCCCCAUGGACGCCUUCAGCGCCGCUAAGGCCAAAAUGGGGGCGAAAAGCGGCGGCGAGGCGGCGGCGGCGGCGGGGCUGGUCGCGCCUCAGCCCGCCGCGCCGGCCCCCAGCCCCACCGGCCUCGGCUCGCCCGCCGCGCCCGAGCCCGCCGCCUACAAGCUAGAGGACCUGGAGACCCUGGCCACUGUGGGCACGGGCACCUUUGGGCGUGUUCAUCUGGUGAAGGAAAAAAUGGCCAAACGUUACUUUGCACUGAAAGUAAUGAGCAUUCCUGAUGUCAUUCGACUGAAGCAAGAACAACAUGUGCACAAUGAAAAGUCAGUCUUGAAAGAGGUCAACCACCCUUUUUUGAUCAGAUUAUUUUGGACCAACCAUGAUGAACGUUUUUUAUACAUGUUAAUGGAAUAUGUGCCAGGAGGAGAACUUUUUAGUUAUCUGCGCAACAUGGGGCGUUUCAACAACAGCACAGGACUGUUUUACUCAACAGAAAUUAUUUGUGCAAUAGAAUACUUGCACUCCAAAGAAAUAGUUUACAGAGACUUAAAACCUGAAAACAUAUUACUAGACAAAGAAGGACAUAUCAAGCUUACUGAUUUUGGAUUUGCUAAAAAGCUGGUGGAUAGGACAUGGACACUCUGUGGCACUCCUGAGUACCUUGCACCAGAAGUUAUACAAAGCAAAGGCCAUGGAAGAGCUGUGGAUUGGUGGGCCCUAGGAAUUCUUAUAUUUGAGAUGUUGUCAGGGUUUCCUCCAUUUUUUGAUGACAAUCCAUUUGGUAUAUAUCAGAAGAUUCUUGCUGGCAAAAUAGAUUUCCCGAGGCAUUUGGAUUUAUAUGUAAAAGACCUUAUUAAGAAGCUGCUUGUGGUUGACAGGACAAGACGAUUAGGAAAUAUGAAGAAUGGAGCAGAUGAUGUGAAGAGACAUCGAUGGUUCAGGUCUAUAGAUUGGGAUGCUGUUCCUCAAAGGAGACUGAAGCCUCCCAUAGUACCGAAAGUAUCCAACGAUGGGGAUACUUCCAAUUUUGAAGCUUAUCCUGAAGAUGACUGGAACAAGACGCCUCCAGUACCCCCUAAAGAUCUAGAAAUUUUCAAGAACUUCUGAAUGCGACAUCUACACUGGGCGAGAAAUUGGAAGGAAAUGGAAAUGCUAAGAGCAAGUCUGAAGAAAAAUAGAGUUCAUACAUAAAUGAAGACAUUCUUUGUGGAUAAGAAUGAAACCGCAUUCAGAUAUACAUAUUAGUAUGUAGUAAAUAUCUAAAGGGUUGGAGGCAGGCAAGAAUAAUUUUUUGCUGUAAACAUUUGACAUUAGUAAAUUGUAAUAUUGAUAGUCUACUCUGAAGUAGACUCACUAAAAUGGUAUAUUUUAGGAUUUUUUUUUUAACUUAUGGUUUGGUUAAGUUUCCUGCUGUUCCCAGAUCCUUUUUGCAUAGUUAACUCAUAGACUUAAUUUUAUAAGUUUAUACUAAACUUGUGUAAUUAAAAGCACAAAUUAGUAUAUAUGUAUAUAAUGAAUACAAUACAACUAAAGCACAGGAACUGUGCAAAGAUGUAAAUUUUUGUACUUUGAAGAGUCUAUGAUUUUUAUUUUUCAAAUAAUGUUUUUCAAGAAGUUCUCUAGGAAUAAAAAUCUUAAAAGGAUAAAUGAGUUUUUCAUCAUCUUAUAUGCAUUUUAUAAUUCUUUGUAAAAAAUAAAAAUAAUUAAGUUUUAAAGUAGAUUUGUACCUAAAACUUCCAAUGCCUCACAUUUGCAACCAUGGUACUUGAAAGCAGAAAGACAAGGGCAUGUUUUCUUGUUGAUUAAGAUGCGUCUUAAUGGCUAAUUUAUGAAGUUCUGUUACAGUGAUGUCUCUUUACAAACCAGGAUAGCGAGUGAUUAUACACUGUCUGAAAUGAGAUUCCUCACACAAAGGCUCUCUAUAAACAUUCAAUUCAGUGCAUACUGAUAAAAGGGCUCUAACUGGCUCUUAGAGAGUUCUCUCUCAAUCUUGCUGUCUUCUCCAAAUGUAAAGCAUGAGCCAUAACAGACUUUUUUCAUUAUUGAAAUUGUUGUUGUUGAAUGCUUGGCACCUCAGAAUAUCAGAGGGAAGUCUGAAUAUGUAUUAGAGCCUAAUUUUUCUGCUCCUGGAGAAGUCCUAAAGUCUCUGCUGCCAGGAAUUCCAUAUGUACAGAGUUCAAACCUUAGAUGUAAGGACUCUCUUUUUUCAUUCCGCACUAACAUCUUUCUAGCAGCUUGAGUACACUGUAUUUAGGAAGUAUUUGCAAUACUGCUUCAUUUUAAGUAGCACCGAAUAUCAGUAUGUGCAUAUGUAUGUAUCUAUGUAUAUGAAUACACAUAAACAUGAAGGUAGAUUGUAUACAAGUCAGAAUCUUUUUUUAGUUUUUUUCAUGUUACAUAUUGUGAUACUUGUGUUAAUAUAGGGGAAUUGAUUUUGAAGUGCUUCGAUUUCAAAAAGUAAAUACAUUCUUUGAGAUGUUGUGGUUUUAGAUAACUUUUUGUGGAAUUGUGAUAUUUAAACCAAUUUUUUUUUUAAAGCACAUCAGCUCACUGGAGUUCCACUACUAUGACUGAUGGCUCUACAUAAAACUGUUUAAGUAGAUCAUACAGUUAGUUUCUCCCACAAACUGCUCUCUACAUUUUUGAUCUGAAAUUCCAUAAGAAAUCUAGGCCAAAGAUUCAUUUUUCUGUACUAAAUCCUGAAUGCUUAUGAAGUAGACGUUCUGAAAUCGCUAAUGAAAUUGCCCUGUUUAUAAUUUUAUGACAGAUCUGCAGCUGUAUUCUCCUCGUGGAAAAGUGACCUCCAUUUUCUUUUGUUUAGCUCUAAAAUAGUACAGAAGUGCUGUUCAGAACUUGCGAUUUCUAGGGUAUUAGAUCUAUGUCUUCAUAAAGCAAGUCUAACUUUAAGAGAUUGCAUAACUCUUUGCAAAAAUACACUAUGUGUAACAAAAUCAGGAUACCUCAAAGUGGUAAUUCUGGAAUAUUGCAAAGUUGUCUUGGUGUUAUGCAAGUGCCACAAGUUGAUGGCCCCAGCUGCCACUCAGUACAUACUGUGUAGGAAUGUAUAAUGAAAUACAGGAAAAUCAUGGAAAAUGAUCACUUUAUCCUGGUAAAAAUACCUUAUUCUUUUGAAAAAAUGAAUCUGGUCCACUGUAUUUGUAUCUGUGGAGUUAGUUAUUCAUGUGGAAAAGCCGAAGCACAUAAAACACAACUUUGUUAAAGGAGAGCAAGCACAGUUCAAGGGGUUUUUUUUAAUGUGUAAGCUUACAGUAUUUUAUGGAAUCUGAGUACUACAAAACCAGUUUCUUAUUUAAAAAUGUACAUACUGCAACAAGCAAGUGUGCUAAAUAUUUUUUUUUUUCCAAAUUUAAAAGCUGCACUGUGUUUAAGUCUUCAGAGCUGAGGAAAUGAAGUGCAUUUGACUAAUGUGCCACAUUGGUGGUUAGAAGUUUUGAAUGCUUGAACAACAGGAGAUCGUGGAUUUUCUUUUUACAAAUCUUAUCCAUUGCUGGCAGUGGAUGCACAGACACUCGUUAUGAUAGAGACUAAAGAAACGAAUACAAUCUUAAUAAUGCUAAUCCAUUGACUUUACAUUGUUUCCAGAGCCAUGUGUACAUAUGCCUAACUACUGACCUCGUCAACAUGCUUUCUAGUACAAUAUUGCUUUCAAUUUUUUUUAAUUAAAAUCCUUAACUAAAAAAACUAAAACAUUUUUUAAGCAUUAUUUUAAGUGAUCACUUAUUUUCUCUACAAUCUUGAACUUAAUGAGCUGUUAUUACCUGCCCAUUUUAUUUAUUUGCACAAGUGAGUCUUUUAUUUUAAGUCUUUGCUGGGACUUCAUGGCCCACUAACAUAAUUCUGUCCAAGUGCUCACGCAGAAAUCCCCAGAUACAACUGCACUAAGGACUCAGGAUUUAUUGGGUUUUUUAAGGAGACCUAGAUCACAUUUUUGUUUUCUAUUCAAGUAUGGUAUUCUCUGAAAUUCAGUUUAUUAUGGUUGCUUCUGUUAACAUGUGGUUUUGCAUUCAGACUGUUGCAUAAGGACUGUUUUCUUGCAAGAGCCCACAGGCCUUUGGUAUUCUGCUUCGGUGAACAAGAAUGUUAAACAUUAAAAAACAACCUUUAUUUUUUAGUUUUUUAUAUAUAUAUAUUUUUAAUUGCCCAAUCUGAGGUUUUAAGUGAUAAACAUGCAUUGUAAACUCAAUUGCCUUGUAACCAAAUGAUAUGAAUGCUUCAUGAUUUCAGUGGAGAACAUGCUGUAGAUUUUCCUGUAAAUUAGCUUGAUCAAUGAAUAUGUGUGCUACUGAGCUUUAACUAAUGUGAUCUUCCACUGUAGAAAGUCAUUGUUAAUGGAUCGAAUAUAGGUACUAAACUAUGUUUAAAUGGAUGAACAGGGAUUUUGCAGUUUUGAAAGCAAUUAAGAUAUGGCUGUUCCUCAGCCCAUCUGCUUGCCAUUCAGAAGAGUUGUGAUGCAGUGCUUCCUAUGCUAUAGAAUUAUUUUUCAGCUUUCAAUGACUGUAGCAUGAUUCCUUUUUGUACUGUACUGUGUACAGACUUCCCAUGUUUUGCACUUUUCUAUGGCAAACCUUGACUGCUUUAUAAAUACUCUGUUGUGUAGUAAGUAGUGAUAGUGGUAGCAGGAGUUUGUGUACUGCAUAAUCAGUUUGAACUGCUAGAUUUGCGAGGUUAACUUGGACUAACGUUGUAUGUUGCUGGUUGCUUGUUGUAGCUCACAUGUAUAAGUACUGUUCAAAGUUAAAGUCAGCCCUCAUUGCACAAUGAAAAUCACUGUGAUCUGUACAUAAACCCUAGUAAAAUUUUAUGCUGUUUAAUUUAUGUAAUAUCUGUCAAAUCUGGAUUCAUUUAAUAAACCUUUAUAUCUUUUUAAAUGU